AUGUCCACAUUCAAAAAAGUCGAUGUCCCUGAGCUGGGCUUGUGGGAGAAGGCCGAUCUGCAUGUUUCCAAGCUUUCCAUCAUCGCCAGUGCGCUCUAUGCGACUUUGAUAGGCCCUUUUCGCGGCCAAAGCUAUCCAAAGAAGUUCAAGCACCACUUGCUGAGUUUAAUUAUACGAAAUGAUCCCUACUCCACUCGCCAAAAGCAAUACUUAGACAUGUCGACUCCAGAAGCAUACGAAAUAAUCAUGAAGAAAAGAGGUCUUGUCCCAGAACAAGUAUCUCUUCCUCAUAACACAGAGGGCUACUGGAUCGGCAACAAAUCUGCAAAGAACGUACUUGUCUACUACCACGGCGGCGGCUUCAGCAUGGCCGCCCGAACUUCUCACAUCGCAUUCUGGAUCGAUCUCAUCAAACUCCUAAACGACAACGGCCAUGACAUCGCAGUCUUCUUCCUACGCUACACACUAACCCCCCACGGAACAUAUCCAACCCAACUCCGCCAAGUAGUCGGCGGACUCCGCUACAUCCUCAACGAAACAGGUCGAUCCCCGUCAGACGUCAUCCUAGGCGGCGACUCCGCAGGCGGUAACCUAGCAAUGGCAACACUGCUACACAUCUCACACCCACACCCGGAGAUCGAGCCUCUCAAGCUCUCUACGCCGUUGGCGGGUGUUUUCGGGUUCGCGCCUUGGAUCAACUUUAGUUUCGAUUGGCCUUCUAUGACCGAGAAUGCGUAUAAGGAUAUUUGUACCAGUCCGUGGUUGAAGAAGCAGUCAGAUAGUUAUUUGGCUGGGAAGGAGGGUGAUAAUUGGAGUGAGCCUAGUAGGGCGCCUGUGGAGUGGUGGGCUGAUUCUAUGACGGAGAGGAUAUUGAUUUUGGCGGGUGGAGAUGAGAUUCUGCUUUCGCCUAUUGAGGCUUUUGCGAAGAAUAUCAAGUCUGUCUUUCCCAAUACAACUUUUAUUGUUGGUAAUGAUGAGUCCCAUGACUUGCAUCUUUAUAUUGAUGCUGGUGUCAAGGAGGGGACGCACACUGGAAAUGAGCUGCGACGAUGGGUUGCUGCUCGUCUUUGA